AUGCCCAAUCAAAUGUCUUCCCAAUUGAAACUCCAAGAUAUGUCGCCAAGUUCAAGCAUGGCAGUUCCUGUAGGCUCGGCCACCGACCACUUCCGGCAACCAGCUGCCACCGUCUUGGGAGACCCUGCUGACACCUCCACUUCGACGUCUUCUUCGACGAGUCUGACUCAGACUUUCCACUUCUCAUCUGGAAACCCCAGAAUUGAAGAGACACGAGGGAUCAUGCAUCUUUUCUGUGAAGACUCUCCUUCCCAUCUUCCUGUUGGAAGGAAACCUCUUGUUUCGGUGCUUGGGGUGCCGAACCACAUGACAUAUGCAGACUUUUGCAAGUUUUGUGGUUCUUUUACCCAACACAUAUUAGAGAUGCGGAUUGUCAGGAAUGACGAGAUGGAGGAUAGAUAUAGUAUUUUGAUGAGAUUUCAAAAUCAAGACUCGGCAGAUAAAUUCUACCUGCACUUCAAUGGCAGAGAAUUCAACUCUUUGGAGGAAGAAGUUUGUCGUGUGCAUUUUACCAUUGAUGUCCAGUUCACUGGUUAUAGUGGUUCACAUGAAAAUGGUCAGCCUUCACCAACAAGCACAACUGAACAUUCUUCUUGCCCAGUUUGUCUCGAGAGACUAGACCACGACAUGGGGGGAAUUCUUACGACCAUAUGCAAUCAUUCAUUUCACUGCUCCUGCAUCUCAAAAUGGACAGACUCUUCUUGUCCAGUUUGCCGAUAUUGCCAGCAAAUGCCUGAAAAAUCUGUAUGUUUUAUAUGCCAAACUUCAGAGAACCUAUGGAUCUGUUUGAUCUGUGGAUUUGUUGGUUGUGGAAGGUAUAAGGAAGGACAUGCUGUGAGACACUGGAAGGAUACCCAACAUUGCUAUUCUCUUGAAUUGGAAACACAACGAGUUUGGGAUUAUGCCGGGGACAACUAUGUUCACCGACUAAUUCAAUCAAAAACAGAUGGAAAAUUGGUCGAGCAUACCCAUUGCAUGCAUGCUAGUGAUGGUUGUGGGAGUUGUGGCUGUGUGGACUCUGGAAUCAGCGAGACACUGUUAAGCAGCAAAGUUGAAGCAAUUGUUAAUGAGUACAACGAACUCCUGGCUACACAACUUGAAAACCAGAAGCAGUAUUUUGAGGCUUUACUACAAGAGGUUAAAGACGAAACUGCUCGAAAAACGUCUGAAGCUGUUAAGAAGGUUGUCAGUCAAAAAGUACCAAAGCUGCAGGCCAAGUUAGAAAGAUGUACCAAAGAAAAGAAAUUUCUGGAUGAUCUGAAUGAAAAUCUGGUGAAGAACCCGCAAGUCUGGAAAGUGAAGAUACUACAGAUGGAGGAGAGCGAGAAAAAGGCUCUGAAGUUGAAGGAUGACAAGAUCCAGAUGUUGGAACAACAGCUUCAAGAUUUAAUGGCUCGGUUAGAAGUUGGAACGAUGCCCACUGAGCAGGAUGAGUCAAGCAGCAUAAACUGA